AUGAAUAAUACAAUAAUUCUUCGCUUUCAUAGAAACAUGCAAAAAUCAACAGAAAAAUGGAUAACUUGGGUUACAAUCUCAUUUUACGGGGCACAUGUUCUAGUUCAAUGCUCAUUCUUUUUUCCCGACCAGUCCCAGUAUGUUUACCGAUGUUUUAUGGGGAUGGAUAGCAGAACCAGGAUUUUUCAACCAAUUGCGUCAUUUCUGUUUCUACAGCAUAAACACAAUGAACAAACAGUAAACUGCACUGGACUUGGUUUAUUUUAUACGAAUUACUACAUGCUUUUCACAUCCAGUCAUUGA